CGUUCAGAACGUUUUGCAACUGAACGUGGCCAAGGCACUUCUACCUUGGAUAACGGCGACGCGCCUGUGGAGAUGGGAGGGAGAUUAUAAAUAGCGAGUUGGUGACAAACUUUGUUGUUUGAGCACAGUAACUAACGGUCAAUAGAGGCACUGAUAAAACGCCUGGGAAACUUGUCGCCACUGAUCGUUUUUAGCUUCAAUGAUGAACAGAAUUAUUCUCAGCAUUUUCGCAGUUGGCCUGUGUUUUUCAGUUGGCCAUGCUCUGCAGUGCUACAAAUGUGAUAUCUGCUUCUUGGACCUCUUCUACAACAAAUUCACCUGCGCUGACGGUGACCAAUGUUUCAGCGGUGUCGGAAAAGCAGCUGGGGGUCUGGACAUCAAGACAAAGGGCUGCCUGAAAGUGACCGACUGCAACAAGACGACCACAACCCAAUUCCCUUCCAUCUCCAACGCCACAAUCUACAGCCUGACCAAGACCUGCUGUAGCUCGGACCUGUGUAACGCUGCCCCGGGCCUGUCCCGACUGAGCAUCCUGCACCUGGCCCUCGCCACCCUGACCACUGCCUUCAUGACCAAAGUCCUAGUGUAAGGGGGUGAAGCCCUCUGGCCUACAUACAUACAGACAGAGGUUGAUACAUAUGUAGAUUGACAGUUCACACGCACUCAAACAUUUGCACCAAUCUGUCCAUGUAUCAUUUACGCCAAGGAGGAAACAUUUGUUAGUGUAUCAUACCAUCUAAACUUUAAUUAUUUAUAUUAAAGAAAUUGAUUUGUCCUUGAUGCCUCUGGAAAUAUCUCUCAAUUACUUUUAUGGCUCACUUGGAAAUGCACUCAUUCAAAUAGACUAGCUUUACCCCGACCCUCAUUUCGUUGCACUUAUACACCAUGAAAAUCAUUCAAUUAAAUGGAAUGCUCACAUACAAUAGACAAGUUUCCAUUAUCCUAAUUGAGCAGAUGUCUUCUGACACUUUAGUAGGAUGGAGAUCUUCAGUCAUUAUACUGUAUAACCAAUGAAUGUGUAUACUGACAGAUUCAUUAAUCUUCAAUAGGGAGCUCUGCUAACAAAGACAAUAUUUUCAGUCUUUGGUGUUGGUUAUACCUGCUUGUACAGUAUGGGUGAUGGACUGCAUGUAUAACCGUUCAGUGUUCCAAUUCCCAUGCUCUUUUUUACAGUUUUGCUUAGAUGGACGCCACAGGCCAUCAGAUUGAACGAGGCCAAUGUAUACAUUUCAAGGGUUAUAAGUACAUGCCAUUUCAGUCAAUGUUCAUUUCAGUUGAAUGCUAAUUUCAAACCACAUUUCAAUUUGAUGUUCACUGUUAAUGUGCCGAUUAUCCAGCCCGACUUGCUGUUGGGGAGCGCCACUGAUCACCCAAAUUACAAUGAAUAAUGAAAUUGCUCUAUGACCUCAUGUUGCCCCCAUUCAUGAGCUAUGUGAUGACCAAAGGAGGGCCAGUUGCUAAACUAGUCUGUCUGUCCCUAGAAAGGGCAAACAACAAUGUGGUUAAUCUUGUUUUGACCAGGAAUUGUAUCUUUGGCCACCCUGCAUAUUCCUUUUUGCCUAAAGUAAUGCUUGUAUUUGUAUGGCAAUAUUAGAAUGUAGAUGUAGAGAAUGAAAUCAAGCUUUUUAAAUUCUAUUUGUUUUAUUAUUGGGAUUAUUUUCUAGGUUAAUUGGAAAUUUGUCAAAGGUACUGCCUUCUUUGGGAAGAACUGUGUACUAAUUUGAUGUUAACCAUAAAUGGGUUGACUGAUUAGGUAGAUAUAAAAUAUAUUUUUGAAAACCUCUUUUAAACUGAAAUGUGUAUACUGUAUGUGAUUGCUGGGUGACUUUGCAAAAUAAAGUUCAAAGAAUUCAAUAAAUGUUUAAAGCUUC